AAGAGAGGAGCCGGGGAGAGCUGGACGAGCGGCGAUGGUGCUGAGGGCAUGAGCGGGGCCGGCGGGGCGGUCGUGCCCGGCGGGGAGAUGGUGCCCGGGCGGCGGCGGCGGCGGCGGCUGUGAGCGGGGCGUCGCCAUGGGCUGCGGGGGCAGCCGGGCCGACGCUAUCGAGCCCCGCUACUACGAGAGCUGGACGCGGGAGACCGAGUCCACCUGGCUGACCAACACGGACUCCGAGAGCCCGCCGCAGGACGGCGGCAGCGCCGAGGGCCCCGGCCGGGAGCAGGGCGGCCCGCGCCCCGGUCUUCUGGAGGAUGGGAAAUUGGCUCACACAGGUGUAUCUACAGCAUCAGCCACAGCUGGAAUGCUGAACCCUGAGAAGAGGAGCAACUGUGGCUCUCAGUGUGCAAACCCCAUAGUUCACAGCACUGGAACUGCAACACAGAAACAGAAUGGCUUCAGGACCACAGAGAGUAAAUGGGACACACAGAAAACGUCCACGCAAGAAGUCACCAUUAAUGUUACAAAAGGCAUCAGACAAAGUGAAAGAAGAAAAACAAAGAAUUGUGCCAAUUAA